AUGCCAAAAGUAGGAAAAUUUGCAAAGGCAAAAGGAAAGUUUAUUAAAUCAUCCAAAGAUAAACUCAGAGCUAAAAAGGAUGAAUUUGUUCAAAAUCUAAAGAGUGAUCCUUUCUCUUGUAUCAGUGCAAAGGAUAUUGUUGACUUUUGUGAAGAUCCAGAAGGUGUCAUCAAGAAUCUUGCCAAUGAUCCUGAUCUACUUCCUUCACUUGUUAGUGGUGCUUUAUCAUUAGUACCAGUAGUAGGACCAUUUCUCGCAAGUGUAUUUGAUCUAUUCUUCCCCAAACCACCUGAAAAGGAGAUGGUUUCAAAAGAGGAUUUGGAAAAGAGAUUGGAUGAAUUUAGAAUUCAAAUGGAAGGUAUCAUGGAUAAAAAGAUUGCCGAGAGUGAAGUUCAAACAUGGAAGAGAUUAUGUGAAGCAUUCUUUAAAGGAUUGGUUGAUAAUAUGGAAGUAUUGAGAACCAAGGUUGGUGUAUUAAAGGUUCGUUUGAGAGAAGGUGAAGCCGAUAGUAAUCUCAAGACCUAUGUUCGUGAAGCUUUUGAAUCUCUCAGAGCACAAGUCAAGGGUAUCAUUCGAUUCUGUGGUAACCAUGCAAUGGUUGAUAACGUAGUCCCAUACUAUUUAGAUAGUUUAUUCAUCUAUAUUGUUGUCAUGGCUAAUUUAAAUGUAUGUCAAAAAAAAAGAAUAUUAAUAAUAUUCUAG